AUGAUGGGGAUGGAGCUGCUAGUCAUUACUUUGCAGUUGGAAGCUUUGUGCACACUUUUGUCACGUGACGGGAGGAUGAUCGGCCAAUCAGGAUGCAAGGAGGUGCAUAUAAAGCUGGCAGAAAGUGUCACUUCAGUCAAGUUGCUGGGGAGGAGCACCUUGUAUUUCCCCCCCCCCUUACAAGCCGCAGACCCCGGGCAUCUCCGAGCUGCACCCAGGAGCACCCGACUCCUUAGAAGAGGUCUCCACGGCAAGCUGCGCCAAGCAUCUGGGACGCACAGGGUUCUUAGUCCCUUGAAGAUGAAGGCUGCAAUGUCACUGGUGGGAAGCCAGGGCAUUAUCUCAGUCACCGAGAUCCUUAUUGCCUCUGCUGUCUUCUGUCUGACGUUCAUGGUCAUCAGAUCCUUCCGGCAGCAGAUCCCUAAGGGGCUGAAGAAGCUCUCAGGACCAAGGGGUUACCCCCUGAUAGGCAAUGUGCUGGAGCUGGGGAGCAAUCCACACCUGAUCUUGACUCAGAUGAGCCAGAAGUAUGGAGAUGUGAUGCAGAUACAGAUCGGCGCCAGACCUGUGCUGGUGCUGAGUGGGUUGGACACCAUCAAACAAGCCCUGGUGAAGCAAGGGGAGGUCUUCAUGGGGCGCCCUGAUCUCUACAGCUUUCGCAAUAUUGGAGAUGGCCAGAGCUUGACCUUCAGCACUGAUUCAGGGGAGGUGUGGAGAGCUCGCAGGAAGUUGGCCCAGAAUGCCCUGAAGACCUUCUCUGUCUCACCCAGCCCCAACUCUUCGUCCACCUGCCUCCUCGAGGAGCAUGUCUCCAAAGAAGCUGACUACCUAGUAAGAAAGUUUCUGCAACUGAUGGAGGAAGAGAAGAGGUUUGACCCCUAUCGGUACAUGGUGGUCUCUGUGACCAAUGUCAUCUGUGCCAUGUGCUUUGGCAAGCGUUACAACCAUGAUGACCAGGAGCUGCUCAGUAUGGUAAACCUGAGCAAGGAAUUUGGGGAGGUGGCUGCCUCUGGCAACCCUGCAGAUUUCAUCCCAGUGCUCCAGUAUCUCCCUAGCCGCGCCAUGAAAAUUUUCAAGGAUCUCAAUAAGAAGUUUGACUCCUUUGUGCAGAAGAUUGUUAAGGAGCACUACAGCAGCUUUGAUAAGGACAAUAUUCGAGACAUCACCGACUCCCUGAUUGAGCAUUGUCAGGAGAAGAAAGUGGAUGAACCUGCCAACGUUCAACUCUCUGAUCAGAAGAUUGUCAACAUUGUCAAUGACCUUUUUGGAGCUGGUUUUGACACUGUGACAACUGCGUUGUCCUGGAGUCUCAUGUAUCUUGUGACAUAUCCAGAAAUUCAGAAGAAGAUUCAUGAAGAAUUAGAUCAGACGAUUGGCAGAGAGAGGAGACCCAGACUGUCAGACCGGCCCAUGCUGCUUUAUACAGAAGCUUUUAUCUUAGAGAUGUUCAGACAUUCCUCUUUCCUGCCCUUCACCAUUCCUCACUGUACAACGAGAGACACAGUACUGAAUGGCUACUUCAUCCCGAAGGACCUCUGUGUGUUUGUCAACCAGUGGCAAGUCAAUCAUGAUGAGAAGCUUUGGAAAGAUCCAUCUACCUUCAACCCAGAGCGUUUCCUCAGUGCUGAAGGGACUGAAGUAAACAGGGCAGAGAGUGAGAAAGUGAUGAUGUUUGGCUUGGGGAAGAGGAAGUGCAUUGGUGAGUCCAUUGGCAGGUGGGAGGUCUUCCUCUUCUUGACCACCCUGCUCCAGCAACUGGAGUUCAGCGUAUGUGAUGGUGAGAAGGCAGACAUAACACCUCAGUAUGGACUGACCAUGAAGCACAAGAGGUGUGAGCACUUCCAGAUUAAACAGCGCUUUGAAGUGAAGAAAUCUGGGUGA